AUUCUCCACGGAGAGCGUACGCACUUUGCUUUGAAGUUCCCUCGUCAAUCACUCUGCCGCUGCGUCGAAUAAUGUGCGUAUCCCACCGCCGCAACUUCUCCGCUGAGUCGAGUUAGUUUGAGGGAAUGUCAAGCGGAGGAACAGCGACCGGGGAGGCAGACAGGAACGGCGACAACAUGGCAGCUCUACAGAAGAACGUGGUGGCCUAUGUUGGCUUUGCAGAUCUUCCCAACCAAGUUUACAGAAAGUCAGUGAAGAGAGGAUUUGAGUUCACUCUCAUGGUUGUGGGGGAAUCUGGCCUUGGGAAGUCGACGCUGAUCAACUCACUCUUUCUGACGGAACUGUACUCCGCUGAAUACCCCGGUCCUUCACACAGAAUAAAAAAAACUGUGAAGGUGGAACAGUCAAAGGUUCUGGUUAAGGAAGGAGGAGUCCACCUCCUGCUCACCAUCGUCGACACCCCUGGCUUCGGUGAUGCUGUAGACAACAGUGACUGCUGGCAGCCGGUCAUCGACCACAUCGACAGCAAGUUUGAGGACUUCCUCAAUGCAGAGUCCAGGGUCAACAGGCGACUGAUGCCAGACAGCAGAGUGCAAUGCUGCCUGUAUUUCAUUGCCCCAUCUGGACAUGGACUGAAGCCCCUCGAUAUUGAAUUCAUGAAACGAUUACAUGAAAAAGUAAACAUCAUCCCCCUCAUUGCCAAAGCCGACACAAUGACUCCCGAGGAGUGUCAACAGUUCAAGAAGCAGAUCAUGAAAGAAAUCCAGGAGCACAAAAUCAAAAUCUACGAGUUCCCAGACACAGAGGACGAGGAGGAGAUGAAGGUUGUCAGGAAAUUCAAGGAUCGUUUACCCCUGGCUGUAGUGGGCAGUAACACCAUCAUCGAGGUCAAUGGACAGCGAGUGCGCGGAAGGCAGUAUCCAUGGGGUGUGGCUGAAGUGGAAAACGGAGAGCACUGUGAUUUUACAAUCUUGCGGAACAUGCUCAUCAGGACCCACAUGCAGGACCUGAAGGAUGUGACGAACAAUGUUCACUAUGAGAACUAUCGCAGCAAGAAGCUGGCCGCCGUCACCUACAACGGUGUGGACAACAACAGGAACAAGGGACAGCUGACCAAACCUGAGACGACUGACGGCAUGAGUCCUCUAGCCCAGAUGGAGGAGGAGCGACGGGAUCACGUGGCCAAGAUGAAGAAGAUGGAACAAGAAAUGGAGCAAGUGUUUGAGAUGAAGGUCAAAGAGAAGCUCCAGAAGCUCAGAGACUCUGAGUUCGAGCUCCAGAGGCGUCACGAGCAAAUGAAAAAGAACCUAGAGGCCCAGCACAAAGAGCUGGAAGAGAAACGUCGCCAACAUGAGGAGGAGAAGGCCAGCUGGGAGGCCCAGCAGAGGAUCCUGGAGCAGCAGAAGCUUGAUGCUUCAAGGACCCUGGAAAAGAACAAGAAGAAGAAGAUAUUUUAAUAACUCUGAAGGACCUACCCGAUGAUACAGUCUAUUUUUUCUUUCUUCUUUUUUUGCCAGCGUUUGAUUGUCAGAACAUCUGUCGAUCAAACUACAUCAGUUACAGUAAAUAAUUUGACCGUAUUACUGUGUAAUAAUCAAGUGAAAGCCGGGGGUCAGUGUCGUCUGGACUUACGGCCUUAUUUUUUUGGGGUCACGGCUCAUUUAAAUGAAUACGUUCACAUAAAAGAAGUUCAGAUGUUCUUAACUCUUUUCCUCUUCUACUUGUGCUGUCUCCUUUUUAAUGCCAAACCCCCCCCCCCAAAGAGGUCAGCCUUUCCUCGUCAGGCUGCAGCUCACCUGAGGCACUGUUCAUAUAUGUAUUUACAUACAUACAUGUAUAGGUAACACAUUUAAUUUCUUCCCGAGAUAUAAUUCUCCUCCAGCUCCUCCCGUAAAUCGUAUAACCAUAAAUCUGCAGUGUUUAACCUUUUAACAUUUUCUUACUUUUUACUCCUUUUUUUUUCUUCUUUUUGUAUCGGCCCCAGUAUGGAACUUGUGUCAUGGCCAGUGUUUUUCUGUCCCUGCUCUUGGGAAACAUUUUCCUGACUUGACUCUUGCCGAGUGUAACAAACGAAAAGAAAUUGCUCAUGAAGUCCUUCUAGAUAAAUUCAUUAGAACCUCUUGUGCAGAUUCUAUAUCAAAAAAUGUUUUCCGACACAAAAAACCCUUUCCGGGGACAGGUUGUGGAAAGUCUUCGUUAGGUGUUGGUGGAUGGGUGCGAUUCUUCACUCAAACAGGUGUCAACUUAGUAACUGUACCAAGCUGGCUUUCUUAAUAUCACAUUUAGCACUGUUUGUGUACUGCAUCUUCAUUUUGUAAUUGUUUCUUGUUUCUGUUUUUAUUGUACAAAGUCACAUUAAAAUAAAAUUGUGAUGGGGUCAAAAUAA